AUGAGCUACCAGGUCUCAUCCGGCUUCCUGCAGAAGUUCUCGCCCAAAGAGAUCCACGAGCUCAAGCGCGUGUUCAAAGAGCACGACCACGACUACGCGGCAGCUGUGCCCGUGACGGCGCUGCACACGGUGCUGCUUCAACUGGGCGAGAACGUGACGCCCGCCCAGACGACGGUGCUGUUGCAGCAACUUAAGCGAACCCGACCCGAUCAAGUCACGUUUCAGGAGUUUCUCGACCUUUUGCACGAUUUUCGCAAUGGAGCGAUUGUGUUGGACCCUAUGUUGCUCGAGGAUUCUAAAGUUGCCGGAACGAUUCCCCUGGCUGACCAAGUUGCUGGAAUUUCUCUGGGACCAGCUGGUGGAACUAUUGCCAAGUCUCCACUUGCUGACAAGACAGAUGGUAGAUGUUCAGCCAAUCAUAAGACGGUACCAUGGCAGCCUAACCAAACGUCUGAGGUACAGUCUCCAUUCAAGCAAAAGACGCUUUGGCCUCCUGGUAAAAAUACCGACACGACUUAUGUGACGACUCCAGUCCAAAGUUCAUCGCAGUGGCCACUUGGUACUGCUGCUGAACGGGACCGGUCCAAUGGCAGCGGUCCAGCUGCAACGUGGGGCUACACGCCUUCUAGCGCUUCACAAAUCGGACCUUCUGCUGCAGUUUUACCGCAGUCAAAGCCGCAGUGGCCCCCUGCAGGAGCUAAUGACUCGACGGUGGUGAAGCCGCCAUCAACAAUUGCCACUGUUUCGAAAUGGCCUCCUGUUGGUGGUGAUCAAAAGAGUCCGGUGAAGUCGCAGUGGCCACCAGCAGGCGGCAAUUCGCCUCGGUGGCCACCGGUAUCUGCUCCAGGCAAUGGAAGAGCAGAAUCGUGGAAAGCAAAGCCGUCAACAUCGACUGGAGGAGAUGCGAGUGCUGUAGAGACACCCGAGCGUGCUCAGUGGCCUCCUACGCCACCGCCUGGAGGACUGGCACCUCGCACCCCUCCUUGCUCGCCUAUGAGGCAAGUGACGCCAGUCACUACUCCAAAGGAUCAGCAGUUCAGUAAAAGCGUGGAUGUACACACGCUGAAUGUGUUGCAGCGACGCGCAAGUGCUGCUGCGCAGUACAACUCGACGAUUCACGAGGUGAAAGGCACUGCUGGUGGUGUGCACUCGUACUCGGAGGAAGAGACUGUCGCUUUUACAGAGCACAUCAACAACACCUUACAGGCGGACAAGGACGUUGCGUCGAUCAUGCCUAUUAGCGUGGAUGCUGGUCUCUUUAGCGCCGUGUGCGACGGCGUGGUAUUGUGCAAGCUUAUUAACAAGGCUGUGCCUGAGACGAUUGAUGAACGCGCUCUGAACUUUGUAAAGCCGGCAAAGGAGCUGAACGUGUAUCAGAAAACCGAGAACCAGAACUUGUGCAUCAACGCGGCUAAGAGCAUUGGUUGCAGCGUCGUGAACAUUGGCCCUGAUGAUUUGAUCGAAGGCAAGCAUAUCCUUGUGCUCGGAUUGGUAUGGCAGAUCAUCAAAAUUCAGCUGACGUCGACGAUCAAUCUGAAAAACCACCCUGAGCUGAUGCGGCUUCUGCUGGAUGGUGAGACGCUGGAAGCAUUCAUGAAGCUUCCUCCUGAUCUGAUUUUGCUGCGGUGGAUGAACUACCACUUGAAAGCAGCUGGCCACCCGAAGAAGGUGACGAACUUUAGCACGGACAUGCAGGACGCGACUGCUUACAGUGUUUUGCUUCACCAUAUUGCGCCGCAACAUUGCGACUUGUGCAAGGAGUCCAUUCCAGAGGAACGCGCGGCGCAUGUGAUUCAGAAUGCGCGUCGGUUGGAAGUGGAGACGUUUAUCAAACCUCGCGAUAUCACCAGCGGUAAUCCGAAGCUGAACAUGUCGUUCGUGGCACAGCUUUUCAAUACUUGUCCGGCGUUGGAUGUUGUUGAAGAGGAGAUCAAGCAGCUGGAAGAGAUUUUGUACGAUGACGUUGGCGACACGCGUGAAGAGCGCGUAUUUCGAAUGUGGAUCAACUCGCUCGCGAUUGAUGACGUGUACGUGAACCAUUUGUACUCGGACUUGAGUGACGGCAUGAAACUGCUCAAAGUACUGGACAAGAUCCAAAAGGGAAUCGUGGCCUGGAACCGGGUCAACAUGGUUGCACCCAACAAGUUUAAGCAGGUGGAGAACUGCAACUACUGCGUUGUGCUGGGCAAACAGCUGAAGUUUUCGUUGGUGAACGUGGGCGGUGCCGACAUCUUUGAGGGUGCGAAGAAGAUGAUCUUGUCGAUUGUGUGGCAGAGCAUGCGGUAUCAGCAAUUGAAAAUGUUGGGUGCGCUCGCAGCGGGUCGUGGCGAAAUCACUGACAAGGAUAUCAUCAGUUGGGCGAACGAGAAGGUCCGGCAGAGUGGACGGGCGAAGGGCAACAUCGUGUCGUUCCGGGACCCCAGUCUAUCUGACGGUGUUUACUUGCUUGACUUGGUGCAUGUGGUCGAGCCUCGCGCCGUGAAUUGGGACCUGGUUUCGCAGGAGUUAACGGACGACUCCAAGGCGAGCAACGCCAAGUAUGCCAUUAGUUGUGCUCAAAAGAUUGGUGCGACUGUUUUCUUGACGUACGAGGAUAUCGUGGAGGUGAAGCCCAAGAUGGUGAUGACUUUCUUUGCUAGUCUUAUGCUGGUGGACCAUCAGCGUGCAUAA